AUGACUAACAUUUAUACAUCACGUGGUCGUAAUCACCGUAUUCAUCUACAGCUCUGGGACACUGCAGGUCAGGAACGUUUUCGUUCCUUAACAACAGCCUUUUAUCGUGAUGCCAUGGGAUUUCUAUUAAUUUUCGAUGUGACAAAUGAAAAAUCAUUUCUGGAAAUAGCAAAUUGGCUUGAGCAAUUGCGUAUGCAUGCUUACUCCGAAGAUCCUGAUGUAGUGCUUUGUGGCAAUAAAUGCGAUCUGGAAUCAGCGCGAGUUGUCAGCCAUCAGCAAGUCUGCGCUUUGGCUGACAGAUAUAAUCUACCCUAUAUUGAGACGAGCGCUUGCACCGGCUUGAAUAUUCGUCAAGCAAUAGAAUUGCUGGUGGGUCGGGUAAUGGAACGCAUGGAGAAUUCAACAUUGAAUGCAGAACUUUCACGUCUGAUGACACACUCUCGCUGUUUGCCCAGUUUUGGGUUUCACAAUGACACACUUAAGUUAGGCUAUCACAAUGGAAAUAUGGAACAGAGUGAAGAGCAAUGUAGAAAAAACUGCAACUGCUGAAGGACAUGAUGUUAAGGAUUUUGAAACUGAAACUGCUCACUAUAGGAACUACUCUACAGUUGCUGUUUGGUACAAUAAUUUUAAAGUAUUUAUGUAAAUUAGCUAAUAUUGUUGUUUUUUAAUG